UCAACCAGUAGGAGGAUCCACGAACUGUAUCACUUAUCCCUUCUGUUAUCCUCUCCACGAUACCAGAGAGAAGGAAAGGGAAAAGCGCGAGGACCAUUUUGCUCCAUCCUCAAAAUGGCGACCACACUCACCUUCCUUCAACUCCUUCCUCCCCAGAAACCAAAACUAAUUCCGCAGAAGCCUUCAAUUCCAGCGUCAAACCAGUUAACCAAAUUCUCCAAAGACACGUCCCAGCUCCAUCACCUCUUCUACCAGAGCCUCGAUCUCUUGAAACCCAUUUCUCUUCCAGCUGCUGCUGUCGCGUUGCCGUUCUUCCUUAACCCCGAGAAUGCGCUUGCGGCGGACGGUGAAUUUGGGCUUCUGGAAGGGCGGAGCUUUGCUUUGGUUCACCCAAUCGUCAUGGGGGGGCUCUUCUUGUACACCCUGUGGGCAGGGUACCUCGGCUGGCAGUGGCGGAGGGUAAGGACCAUCCAGAAUGAGAUCAACGAUCUCAAAAAGCAGGUGAAGCCUGCCGCUUCUGAAGGCGAAGCUUCUGCAGAGCCGCCUAAGUUGUCCCCUGUUGAGAUCAAGAUUCAGCAACUCACUGAGGAGAGGAAGGAGCUGCUAAAAGGGUCCUUCAGGGACAGGCACUUCAACGCAGGAUCAAUUCUUCUCGGAUUCGGGGUGCUUGAAGCAGUUGGUGGUUGUCUCAACACCUGGUUUAGGACCGGCAAGCUUUUCCCAGGACCCCAUUUAUUCGCCGGAGCAGCCAUCACUGUGCUGUGGGCAGCUGCUGCAGCUCUGGUGCCCUCAAUGCAAAAAGGAAGCGAGACGGCAAGGAAUCUUCACAUAGCCCUUAAUGCCCUCAAUGUCGUCCUGUUCGUCUGGCAGAUCCCCACAGGAAUCGAGAUUGUCUACAAGGUCUUUGAGUUCACAACGUGGCCUUAGGCAACAUUAUUCAUUUGCACCCUUUUGCUUCACCAAACCUGUCCAAUUCCUUGGUCAAGCAUAUAUUUGUAUAUCAUAGAGAGAGUAUUUCUCUCUCCCUGGAUGUCUACAUGUACAGUGCUAAGGAGAAGAACUUUCGACCGGCAAAAUUUUCGUGGAAAGGAAGACGAAGCCUUCUCAAAACCUAUAAACUUAAUUUGCUUAUAUCAGUAUUUCAAAUGCAGCCUCCCAUGCAGAAGAUCUACCUGGAGUUGCUUUCUUUUCCCUCUUAACAUGUUCACCAAUGUGUGGUACAGAACCAUAUCUCAACCAGAUCAUGUAUAUCUACACAAUACAUUGUGGACGACGCAUGAAAUAAUAUCAAAUCCUUUGAUGGUACAAA